AUGAUUUCCUCCGAGUCGCCCCGUUGCGCACUCGAAGAUAACAGCAGCCCUCUCGAAGCGCCUGCUCGUCAAUCACUGCCUUCCAUAUCCGAAGUCAUGUCGGGUAGCGGCCGCAGACCUCAUCCUCGUACGCCUGCUCACGGCAGCUUGCCGCCACAGCCCGGCUCGGGUAGCCUGCCAUCGCCCUUCGCUCCCCCUUCACGCCAGUACAACGAUUGGCCCAAGCCCCUUCACCCAGCCUCAUCCCCUCCGCGGCAGGAUGCCAUUCCCGCAUUUUCCGACUCCUCCAGACCUCCUUUCAGCGGCCGCCCGGGCCUGCCGGCCGUGACGGAUCGCAGGCCGACGCCGUCUGGUAGUCCUUCUCACCAUGAUCACCGCUCCAUCUCGGGCGGCUGCCCGCAACCGCUUGCUCUCACCUCACAUCCUUACCAACCUGGUCCCAUGCCCCACGGCCAGAUGCCGCUGCCCGGGUAUCCAAUCUUCCCACGUCACGAGCUCUACAACGCUCCUCGUCCGCAAACACACGGCGAGCCUGCUUCAUACGCACGCAGCAGAUAUGAAGCCGCCCCAAGACACUAUGAGAACUGGCCAUAUCACGAAUCUUUUAGCCGAAUCGCAUCCAGCUCCCGCACAGUCUUCACCUUUGCCGAGGCUUAUAUCCGAGCAGCUCAAGAGCACCAGGCUGCUCACGGCUCGAUCGACCGCCUCCCCAACCAACGCGAAGUAAACGAGAUGCUGGCCAACGUCGACUAUAUCAAGCGCUCUCUGGAACAGGUUCGCGACAUUGUUCAAUAUACCAAGAGUGCCCGAGAAGGUGCCAAGUACAAGAGUCCCUACGGUGACGGCAUGAAGCCACACUAUUCUUUUAAUGAGGCCAAGAAGCGCUGUGGUCGCGCCGGGCCACCUGGGCGUUGUCACAGUUGCAACAGAACCGAUACUCCCGAAUGGCGGCGAGGUCCCGAUGGCGCUCACACGUUGUGCAAUGCCUGCGGUCUUCACUACGCUAAGCUUGAACGCAAGCGCCAGCUAGAGGCUCGGGCAAUGCGGCCGAAGACGGAGGAACGCAACUGA